AUGGACGCGAUCACGUUAGAGAAACGUUACUUGAGAAUCAACAAGAAGCUCGGUAUGCUAACCGGUGUGUGGCCCUAUCAAAAGAGCUCGCCAAAAUGGAUCAGUCGAACCGUAGUGCUCUUUGUAAUAAUACCUUGUUACGUUACACAGUAUGCCAGGAUCGUCACUUUUCCCAGGAUACAUAUCAUACUAAACGAUUAUCCUUACUUGAUAACUUCGCUCGGGGUAAUCAUCAAAUUUGGUAACUAUUUCAUAAACGAAUCAGAGCUGAAAUAUCUUCUUGGAAAGAUCUACGAAGACUGGAGAGCCAUGACGUCGGAGGAUGAGUACAAGAUCAUGACGAAAUACGCGGAGAAAGGGAUUUUCAGUGUCAUACUCUAUAUUCUGCAUAUAUCGUUAUGCGCCGCUCUAUUUAUGUGCUUGCCGUUCGUGUCGCCGAUUCUGGACAUCCUUAUGCCGUUGAACGAGACGCGAGCACGGUUGUUCGUCUAUCCAGCUUACUAUUUCGUCGACGAGGACAAAUAUCAUUACUUGAUCGUAGGGCAUAUGUAUCUUGUAGUGGUAAUGCUUAUCUCUGUUUUCUGCGCCUGCGAUGCCAAUUACGUGUACGCCGUGCAACACGCUUGCGGAUUGUUGGCCAUUGCAGGAAAUUUCGUUGGCUUUUGUUUAGCUGAAAACAAUUGUCUGUUGGUAGAUAUCGUUUUAAAUACGCCUGCUAUGAGAUACGUGAAAGAGAUCACGGCCGCUCACGAUACUUGCAUGUUCAUCUCGGUGGGACUGCUGAUGAUGAGCAUCAGCACUUCGUUGUUGCAGAUAUCAGAACACGAACACGACGCAGAAUGGACAUUGUACUGCACGUUCUUCACGGCCCAGUUGUUACACAUGCUGUUCUUAGUCGUUCAGGGGCAGUUCGUGUUGGACGCGUACGACGAUGUUUAUAAUACGAUAACCAGCUUGACUGAUUUCGCUGUUACGAUUAUGUACGCAGAAACGGUCGAAGAACGAUUUAUGAAGUUGAACAAAGUGCUUGGACUGAUAUGCGGUGUCUGGCCUCGUCAGAACUCUCGAAGGAAACUGAUCACGCAAAUACUUUCUUUGCUUCUAAUGGCAUCUUCCAUUGUUACACAGAUAGCAAACACCGUGCUAUUCUUCAGCAUGGACAAUCUCGUGGAUGGCAUACCUUUCAACGUGGCAGCGGUUGGGACGUUCGUGAAACUGGGUAAUUACAUUAUAAACGAAACGAAGCUACCCUAA